UAACCUUGCUGCUAAGCAACUCCAAAGUUGAGUUGUAAUUGUGGCGCAGCGUUGAAGCCAAGGCGCAGCGGAAGCACAAUUGAAAACAACUUUGCUUUUUUGUUCUCAUGUAAAACACAUCAAGUAUUAUCAACGUGUUUAAUAAUAAAAAAUAAAUAGCUGUGUAAACAUGUCAGUAGAUUCGGCGUCUGUUGUGCAGUACGGACGGAGAAAAGGGUCAAUUACUAGAGUUAACUCAGCAGAAUUGAACACUAAACCAACUCAAGCCGUAGACCUGCGUGAGGUGACUGUGUUGCCCAUGUCAGAAUGGAGGCGAAUCCAAGAUAGUGUGAAUCGUGUGAACAAACAGCAAGAGAGUCUCAUCGCAGCUGCAAAAGAGCGCGAGGCCAAGCACCUGCGCUCCAAAGAAUUGGUCAAAAACUGGCCUAACACCAUUGCUCGACAGCAGCAAAUGCGGUUGGAGGCGAAGAAAAUUCGAGAGGAAGCUGAAGAGGAGGAGAAAAAGCGGAUUGACAUUGAGGAAGCAAAGUUUCAAGAGCAGAAAAGAAAGGAAGAAAUAGAGAAGGCCAAAACCCUGCAAUACUACCAGACUGAUAGAGUGAAGAGAUUUCAUAGUGCCCUGCUGAUGACUGAAGUUCUGAAGGAGAGGGAGGCUCAGAUUGAGCUGAAGAAAAAAAUUAAUAAUGCUUCUAAAGAUGUCGAAAAAGAGAUUCUGUCUAUUAUUGCACGCAAAGAAACACUGGCUUUACAACAGGAGUGGCUUAAAACCAUGGAGAAGAAGCAGAAGUGUCUGGAAGUUGCUGAGAGUUUGAAACAACAGAUUAAGGACCAUGAACAAUUGAGAGAGAAGCAGGCUAUGGAACAUAAUAAAGCAGCAGAGGAAUUCUGGCAAUUGCAAGAGCUCUAUAAUAAGGAACAAAUCACACACAAGCAGAAGAAGCAAGAGGAGAAGGAAAAGAAUAUGAAGGCGUAUAAGGAGCAUCUUGCCAACAAGAAAAUCGCACAAGCAGCUGAGGCUGAGAAACAGAAGCUGGAAGAGGAGAGACUACAGCUUUUUGUGAAGGCAAAAGGCAAAAUGAUGAAACUCAGAAAAGAAAAAGAGGCACAGAUGUUAAGAGAGGCUCAGAGACACAAGGAAGCGCUUGUCGAGAAAUUGGAAGCAUAUAUCCAAGAACACACCACCAAUGAAGAGCUGAUCUCCAAGGCAGCUGCAGAAGCUGAGGCCAAGCAGGAUAAAAAACAGCUUGAAAAGAAUGAAAAGAAGGCUGCCAUGAUGAAGAGUAUUGCAGAACACAGAGAAGCUGUGCAAAAAGAACUGGAGUACAAGAGGCGAGAGGAGAAACAGAAAGCUAUGGAGAUGCUUAAUGCGAAGAAAGCAUCCGAUAACAUUUUCCUUCAAAAGCAGCUUAUCAAAUCACAAAAAAUGAAGGAGGAAGCCAAAAUGCUACAAGACACUCUUAUCCAUCAGAUGGCUGAGAAACAUGCACAAGAGCAGAGCCUAAAACACCAGGAUCAGGAGUUUGUGGUGAGGAAUGCGGAGCUUAUUGCAGAGGAAGAGAAUCAGUUUCAGAACUAUGCCAAGCAUGUGAUUCAAAAAGCCAGCGAGGCUCAGAGAAACAUCUCCCCUCUGCUCAAAGUCACAAAGGAGGGCAUUGGUGGAGGACGUGGUCCUGUGUUUAAUGGUGUUAGACCAAGUUAUCAAGUACUGGAUCAAUCUGGGGUUCAGCUGCCCAGUUAUGCUUGCAGAAGUGCACAGCUCAUAAAGGAGCUGCAUGAAACUCCUGACAUUCAGAAGGCUAAAAAACGACUAGGAUUCACUUGGUGAGCAGUGUCGCUGAUGUCAGAAAUUAAAAGAAUUGAAGCCUAA